AUGGGUCAAGCAAGAAAGAGAAGGUCGCGCUGCCGCGUGUACCUCAGCGGAACUGUGCCGAUCGUCCGAAGCGUCGGAGAAAUAUCCUGGUUGACGCAACGAGCGAGACCCCUUCAUCCUCCUACAGAGCUGGAGGAGUCUCUACUCUUCAUCGUAGACAAUAUAAUCGAAGUGCGCAAUCUGACCGUUGCCGACCAUGAAAAAACCCCAGGGCCAAGUGCUCUGUAUAUUGAUGACCAUAACAUACUUGCUCAGGAUUUCCUUCAAACAAUGGACCAGCCGUCAACUUUCAUGCAAGGGCUACUGUCCAGUCUUUACACCCUGGGGUGCUUUUUCGGUUGUGUCGGAAGCAUAUCGUUCAGUGAGAAGAUCGGCCGUAAGAACCCUAUCUUAAUCGGCACAAUCCUGAUCUCCAUCGGCACUGUCAUUCAAACAGUUGCAUACUCGUCAGCUCAAUUUAUCGUCGGGCGGAUCGUGGCUGGGAUGGGAACCGGACUGAACACGUCCGUGAUCCCAGUAUGGCAGGCCGAGACACUUCCAGCAAAGAAGCGAGAGCGAUUCGGAGCCAUUCAGUAUGUGUUGGUUUGCACAGGUACCACCAUCAGCUACUGGAUGGCGUAUGCUCUGUCCUACUCCGCAAAUAGUGCUUUUCAGUGGCGCUUCCUUGUCGCGGCGCAACUCGUGUUUGCGGUGCUGAUAAUGUGCCUUGUUCCAUUGAUGCCGGAAUCCCCUAGAUGGCAUUUUGUCCACGGGCAGCGAGACAAAGCCCUGUGUACACUAAUGAGAAUGCAUGGGACAUCGAAUGAACAACAAAGCGAAGUCCAAGCAGAGGUCCAUUUGAUCCAGCAGGCUAUGGAGCUUGAAGCCAGGCAUGGAGCGACCAGAUGGGUUGAUCUAUUUAAGAACGAGCCACGCACACAAAAUUUCCGACGUCUAAUGCUGGGGUGGUGGCUGAUGUUCAUGGUGAUGUGGUCUGGCGUCUGCAGUAUCGGCUAUUACAUUUCAUACCUCUUCGAAGUCUCCGUCGGUCUCAGCCAUAACUUGUCCCUGCUUCUUUCCGGGUUCAACGGUCUCUGGUAUCUCUUAUCAGCAUUCAUCCCAUUUUUUGUGAUCAAUCAUCUAGGCAAGCGGCGGUGUAUGAUGAUUAGCGCUGCCGGCAUGUGCUGCUGUUUCCUGACAAUGUCACUAACGAUCCGGUCGGGCACGUUUGCAGCCUCGAUUGUCUGCAUUGUCGCCUUCUUCCUGUACUACACCUUCUUCGCACUGGGAUACCUGGCAAUACCCUGGUUGUACAACGCGGAGAUCAUGCCUCUCCACCUGCGAUCCCAGGGGACAGCUCUGACAACCUCCUCGAAUUGGAUCUGGAACUUUGCCACCGUCAUGAUGACACCCUCGCUGAUGAGCCAGCAGGGAUGGAAGGGGUAUCUAGUAUUUACGGUGUUUAACUUCUGCUUUGUGCCGGUGAUCUAUCUCCUAUAUCCGGAAACGACUGGCCGGCGGCUCGAGGAGAUCGACGCGAUAUUCUACGGGACUUCGGUCUUGGUGGCCCGAACGGAGUGGGCCGAAAAAGGCCGGUUUGAAGCCAACCCGCUGGGAGGAGUCAUCCAGGGGCUAGAACCUUCGCAGAAGGAAACUCAACACCACGUGGAGUACGUCAGCUCAUACUCGGAGAAUUGUUAG